AUGCCUGUCAGCCCGGCCAAUGGCCGAAGACACCCAACAACCCAAGCAUUUACUUGUCGGCUCGAUAAUGAGCCGAAGGAUAAAGCAAGGAUUACAACAAUGAUCACGAUUAGCAAGGACAAAGAGAAACAGGAGGCCUAUGACAAGAUAAUUCAGUUGAAAAAACAGUUAGACACCAAACAGAUGUUGGAAAUGGAAAUUGAAGAGUUAAGAGGGAAACUGCAAGUUAUGAAGCAUCUUGGAGAUGAAGAUGAUGCAGCUGUGCAGAAUAAGAUUAAAGAAAUGAAUGAUGAACUGCAAGAAAAAGUAGAUAAUUUGGAAAAUAUGGAGGCCAUGAAUCAUACCCUCAUUGUGAAGGAGCGCCAGAGUAAUGAUGAACUACAGGAAGCUCGUAAAGAAUCAAUAAAAAAAAGAUUUCCUUCUGGAGAAGCUGAGACCAAGGGUGUUGAGCUUUGCUCUUUGUGGCAGGAGAACGUGAAGAAUUCAGCUUGGCAUCCAUUUAAAAAUAUUAUAGAAGAGGAAGAUGACAAGUUACAAAGCCUCAAGCAGGAAUGGGGAGAUGAGAUACAUUCAGUUGUUGUUGAAGCCUUGAAGGAAAUAAACGAAUACAAUGCAAGCGGUGGGUAUCCAGUGGUGGAGCUACGGAACUUGAAGGAAAAAAGAAAGGUUACUUUGAAAGAAGUUAUCAAUUAUAUUGUGGAUAAUAUCAAACUAGCAGUUGAUAUUUUUUUAUCAUUGCUUUGUGUGGCUGAUUAA